AUGGCGCAACAAGUGGAAGUGGUCGAUCUCGCUGGUGAUGACGAUUCCGACGCCGUGAUCUCGUCUCUAGCUGCGCGUUGGCUGCUGUACGAGCGCGAAAUAGUGGAAGAACUGCAUGGACAAGACGGAGUAUUGGUGCUAGGUCGUGGGCUUGGCCUCUUGCGCGUGUUAGCGAGCUUCAUUCGUCUCUAUUGCUCGCCCCGCAGCCUCGUGUUGUGUCUCAACGCUAACGAACAGGCAGCGACGCUGCGGCGUCUGGUAUUGGCGUUAGGUCUCGACCGCCGCCUAUUACCACGUGUGGUGGACGCCAGAAACAACCUGAAUGAGCGGCAGCAAAUGUACAAACGCGGCGGCGUCUUCUUCGUGACUGCGCGUAUCCUCGUAGUGGAUCUGCUAUCUAAUCACGUGGACCCGGGUCUCAUCAGCGGCCUGUUAGUGAAUAACGCACACCACGUGACUGAAACGUCGAUUGAAGCGUUCAUCCUCCGACUAUACCGUGAACGCAAUCGAGAAGGAUUCAUCAAAGGCUUUUGCGACGACAGCGUCGCUCUUUCCUCGGGUUUCAACCGCGUGGAACAGGUGCUUAAGCAUUUAUACGUGCGUAACGUGUUUUUGUAUCCCAGGUUUCAUGUUGCUAUCAACUCGUGCUUGGAGAAACACCAGCCAGAAGUGUAUGAGAUCGAAGUGGGCUUCUCUCCGUCGAUGAAGAUUAUGCAGGAAGCUCUUCUUGUUGCACUAGAAGCUACAGUCAAAGAGUUGCAACGCAGUACUAAGUCACUAGACGCUGCCGAUCUAACGAUGGACAAAGCUCUUGCCAAGUCAUUCAGUAUCUUCAUUCGACGACAACUGGACCCGCUGUGGCAUAAGCUGCCAGUCAAGACUAAGCAACUCGUCGGGGACUUGUCCACACUGCGUCAAUUACUGGCAUAUCUUCCACGAUACGACGCCAUUUCCUACUACUCUUUCCUGGUUAACUACCAAACAAUGAACGGCCAGCAGCGUUUUCCUUCGCCGUGGCUGUUCACGGACGCUGCAGAUCGACUGCUAACUGCAGCAAAAGAGCGACUGUAUCAUAUUGUGGACUCAAAGACUGGGAAACCUGUUAAUCUUCGCCAAGUAUCUUCCAAUGGUUCAAGCUCUAAAGCUGCUGAGAACGCUGAACUGAAGCUGACACUGGAUCAAAACCCAAAGUGGGAGGCGUUGAGGGAGAUUUUGGAUGAAAAUUCUGCAGCAGGAGGGGCAAGCGUCUUGGUGAUGGUCAAAGACGAACGAACGUGUGCGCAGAUACGUGAAUUCUUGAGUUUGGGUGCACAGGAAAUGAUGCGACGGCGAUUCGGUCAUUAUCUGCUACAGAAAGAGGCUGCGUUGAAGCAAAAAGGAGGUAGCAUGGCGUCACUGGGACUGGAGCAGAGACUUCUACUCGAAGCUGCUGCCAAGCUAAGGACAGACGAGCUUUUUACUCAAGACACGACACCAAAAAGUAAGAAAAAAGCUGGCAAGACGAAGAAACGGGUGCGAGAGGAGUCGUCACAAUCAAGUUACAGUGACGUUCAGACUCACGCCACGGAGGUAUCAAGCUUCGGUUUAUCGACAGCAGAACUAGAGGCCAUCACUGCUGCGCAAGAGGAAACCGAGCGAGAGAGCAAGUCGAAAAUGUUUCUAGAUGGACGACUUCGCGCUUCAUCAAGUUGUGGAAAUCGACCAACGGGCACAUCGAAUUUGUCUCUUGAAGUGGUGGAUCCAAUGGACAGCGUCGUGUUAUGUACUUACGAACAGGCCACAGAGCACGGCUACGGUGCUUCAGCGUUUCUAGAGGAUCUCAUGCCUUCUUGUAUCGUCCUCUACGACCCAGACAUGGCGUUUAUUCGCGAAGUGGAAGUAUUCCACGCGUCGCAUGUUGCUCCGCUUGAAAUUUACUUCCUCAUGUACGACGAAAGCACAGAGCAGCAGUCCUAUCUGAGCGAAAUUCAGCGCGAGAAGCGAGCUUUUGACAAGUUAAUCCACCAGAAAGCACACUUGAUGAUGCCAGCGAAUGUAUACGACCUCCCGCUUCACAUGAAGCUACGACAGCAGACGGUGGAGUACAGUAUGGACACACGAACUGGUGGUCGAGCCAAGUCUCAUCGCGCUGGAGUUAAAGUCGUCGUUGAUGUUCGUGAGUUCCGUAGUGCCUUGCCGUCCAUGCUCCAUAAAGAAGGACUGUUUGUCCUCCCCGUGACACUGGAAAUCGGUGACUAUGUCUUGUCCCCGGAGAUUUGUGUAGAGCGCAAAAGCAUCAGCGAUCUCUUCGGCUCGUUAAACUCUGGACGUUUAUUUAACCAAGCCGAAAGCAUGCGACGUUUCUAUAAGACACCCGUGUUGCUAAUUGAGUUCACUCAAGGCAAAGCAUUCUCGCUUCAAGACGUGUCGGAGAUUGGUCCAGAGAUCAGCGCCACGAACAUCGUCUCCAAGCUGACACUACUCAUUCUACACUUCCCGUCGUUGCGACUCCUCUGGUCCCGCACACCACAUGCAACCGUGGAUCUCUUCAAGAUCGUCAAAAGGUACCAAGACGAACCCGACAUGGAAGCUGCAGCGGCACUAGGCAACGGCUUACCGAUGGACGACAGUGCUGCUCAGACGAACAGCGGGGAGGGAGGCCUAGCGUCGAAUUACUACAACACCAGCUCGAUCGAUGUAUUGAAGAAACUACCGGGCAUCAAUGAACAUAACUUCAGAAAAGUCUUAGCGAGCGUCACGAAUCUCGCUGAGCUUAGUCGCAUGUCGUUAGACGAACUCACGGAGCUACUGGGGAAAGCAAACGGCAAAAAGUUACACACGUUUUUCAACAGCACCGCGUAAAAAUGCAAGCGUUUCGAGUACGUUUUUAAGUGCUGC